AUGCAUCUGUUUGCCGGCAAUGCUCGCUACACCCUGGGGCUGUCAUUUGUGGGCCUCCUGAGCUUGAUUGGCAUAACCCUUUACCGCCUCAUUGUCCGCUCCAAAAGACACAAAGACAUGCCACCUGGUCCUCCAACUGUGCCAAUCCUAGGAAAUGCUCACCAAAUCCCUCCGACGGGCAUGUACAAGCAAUUCCAGAUAUGGUCCAAGGAAUACGGACCCAUCUUCUCGCUCAAGCUGGGUUCCACAGAUGCCAUCGUGCUAUGCGAUCGGGAGGCGAUUCACGAAUUGUUGGAUAAGAAAGGGUCCAUCUACUCUGAGCGCCCGAGGAAUUAUGUUAUCCAUGAAGCCAGACAAUCUAGUCGAAUUUCACUCGGUGGCUCGGCGAACAGUAUGUGGAGGGACAAGCGACGUAUUCUCGCUCACAACCUGUCACCCAAGCAACUCGACGAAAAACACUACAGGGUCCAGGAAGCUGAAGCGGCGGUUCUCGUAAACGAUCUUUUGGACUCACCACAGCACUGUUUCUACCAUGUCCGGCGAUAUGCUGCAUCGGUAGCUACCGUUAUCGUCCACGGAUUUAGAGCUCCGAGAUUUGACUCUUUUUGGAGUAAAGUGUGCUGCGCUAUGAUGUCUGGCUGGUUGCAAGCGGGAUUUUCUAACAGAUCCGAGAUCAUGGAACCAGGGGCUAUCCCUCCUGUAGAUGAGUUCCCCAUUCUGAAAUUGAUUCCGGGGUUCUUGGCCCCCUGGAAGAGGAGAAUCUGGUUUUCACGCGACGAGAGCGACGAACUCUGGGCUCAUGCUCGAGACUUGAUUGACAAGAGAAGGAAACUAGGUGACGUACGCGAUUGCAUUGCCGACCAUCUCUUGGAAGAGUACGAGAAGAACGGCUGGCCGAUGUCGGAUUACGACUUCAGCCAUGUCCUGGGAGAGAUUGUCGAAGGCGGUGCCGACACCACGGCAAGUCAACUACUAACUUUAAUUCUGGCAUUCGCCAAACUCCCCAAAGUUCAAGAGAGAGCGCGAGAGGAGCUCGACAGAGUUUGUGGAACGCAGCGGAGCCCUGCCUGGGCCGAUUUUGUUGAUCUACCCUACAUCAAUGCCACUGCAAAGGAGGGAAUGAGGUGGCGUCCCGUGGCCCCGGUGGGCUUGAUGCAUCGCAACAGUGCAGACGACUGGUAUAAGGGCAUGUUCAUUCCAAAGAACAGUAUCAUCUUCAUGGGCACUUGGGCAAUCCACCACAACGGGUCGGAGUUCAAAGAUCCAGACAUCUUCAACCCUGAUAGGUACUUGGGUCACCCGAAACUAGCCAGCGAGUAUGCUGGUAGCCCGGACUGGGCGAAUCGAGAUAAGUUUCCAUCGCGCCACUCAGAGGAACAUAGUAUGCAUAUGGCAGAACGAAGUAUGUGGAGGAUUGCAGCAAAACUGCUGUGGGCGUUUGAGUUUUCCGAGCCGGUGGACCCGGUUACUGGAAACGUCAUUCCCCUGGAUGUCAAUGCCUACAACGACGGCCUCCUCAAGAUGCCUUUGCCAUACGAGGUCAACGUCAAGCCCAGGAGCCAGGCUCAUGUGGACACCCUCAAAAAGGAGCUUCAUGAUGCUCUCGUGUUUCUUGAGCGGUACAAUAAUUAA